AUGGGGGAGAUCCACUCUUGGGGACCGCGUCGCCCUGGACCGAAGAAGAUCGACAAGGAAAGACGCCGGCGGUUGAAGGAUGAAAAUGCGAGACGAGGACAGCUUGAGGAGACGUGGGCCCGACGAGGCAGAGGAGAAAGGAUCGCGGUUGGAGUUACAAUGCCAAAGCCGCGAGAACCCGGGAUAUGCAGCGAUUACGCCCGUGAUAAAAUCCCAAUGUACGAGCUUCGAAAAUGGUACAACGAAUACGAAACGACUCGUCCAGUCCUAACCCGGAACGAUUCGCUCUUUAUGGCCCAGUUCCCGGCCGAGUUUCGUCUAUGGCCUACCAUGUUUUUCGAACGCUACCCCGGGUUAAGGCCCACUCCGAACCCACAUCAUUACUUUUACGGGGAUCUGGAUUCAUUUGGAUAUGGUUGGCACCUAAGACCCGAACGCUACAAGUUGUCUUUUGACCGGGAACACUAUGAUGACUACUCCAAGUUCAUUCGGUUAUGGCCACCCCCUGAAGUUCAUGGACGAAGGAUUCGAUGGGAAGAAGCAUCUGAGGCGUAUCGGACAAAUAGUGGAGUGGUAGCUGGAACUCUGCUAACACCCACUGAGGUGAACCCGAUCCCAGCUCAAGUGAUUAUGAAAAAGAGGAGUGAUAUUUUAGAAUAUGAUGGUUCGCAGAGGCGAGACCCUUUGGUUGCAAAAGGGGUGCCUCCGGGUUCACCAACACCAUCUUCACCUCUUGAAGCUAUAAUCGUCUCGGCCGAUCAGGAACUGUUAGACCAGCUUAAGCGGGCCCGGACCUUUAAGUUGUCUCCCUCUCCAGUCGAAGAUCCCAGUAACACUCCUUCCUCAGCUAUCACACAAAACUCCAACUCUUUCAGUGAGGGAACCUCUCAUCUGUCAGUUCCUUUGCGACACCGAUCACAUUCCCCACUCAACCAUGAUCGCAGACCACCUAUGCUGGCUCCAAAAGAUAGCCUUCCAAUAACCUCUUCCCCUGUCUUUGCUCGUGCACAUGAUUCGAUCGUUCGACGUGACCCAGACUGGAGUCGGGCCCUACGAAAAGAAGCUCCGUUCUCGUCCAUCGACGCAAGCUUGGCCGCAUUGAAACGAAUGAAUCAAUCACAAGAGCAACAAAUAAACGACCAGGGCAAGGCAAGUGAACAGCAAGUGAACGAGCCUUCGGACCAAGGUUCCCCUUCACUUGCUCAUUACAACGACACCCCCUCGUCUGGUGACACCUCAUCUUUGUUUCGAUCCCCAGUCGGAUCUCCUCUUCAUCGAGCCAACGAACCUCACUCAGAGCAUUGUCCCACCCCAGGUGGUGUCCCUGAGAUGGAUGAAAAUUACAAUUAUCCAGCUGAAUCAUCUGGUGACCACCAGGAGGGAUGGGACCCGAUCAACAGGCUCAUUCUCAAUCCAGAAAUUUUAACGAGACACCCGGAUGAUCCCCCGCAACGCCCUAGAACUGGUGGAAGAGCCACAUCGAGCACUGAGGUUGACCCUUUGACCGCAUACCCUCAACCUACCUUAUCGCAAGAGCAGUUCGCCGAAUUCCUCAGAACCUAUCAGCAGAACCAUCUGGCCCUGCUUCAAAUGCAAACGAGCCUAGGCAACCCUGGGCCAUCGCAAUACCCGAUGACUCAACAACCUUCUUUACCCCAGCCACCAGUGGCGCAGCGCACCGAGAAUGUUUCAAAGAUGCAGCAGAUGGAAUGGAUGACCGCGCGAAUCGAAGAACUAGAACAAAAAGAGAAGGACCGGUCACCCCAGCGAGGGGAUAUCCGGAGUCUAGAAGACACCCCCGAUCCGUCCUCGCCGCAGCAUCAAGACAAGUCGCCCCAUCAGAGCUUGAAAGACCCGAUACAUGUCCUCUCAAGCCCGGCCCAGGAGCCCUCUAGUUCUCCUGGACGUCUUGGCCAACUUGACCGCGUGAAAACUCCAGCGGCAAUCAACCCGAUCUCUCCGAAGGGAAUCAUCAAAGAGGGAUCUAGUUCUAAGCGGAUCCCGGCAUCGAAGACCCCAGUUCAAUCCAGUCAACCUGCUGGCUCUGGGAAGCGGUCCUCAAGUCUUCUCAGCCCCGAACUGCUACCUCAUCUUAAGCGAAUGAAGUUUCAACCGAAGGAGAUCGCUAAAGACAACAGUGUGAUGGCUCAGUUGGAUCAGAGGACCCUGGGAAAACCUUUAGCAGGUUACAUCAGAGAAAUGGCUGACCCCGGUCGAACGUCUCGACGACAUCCUAACUGGAAAAGAGAGGCCGAUUUGCCAGUUGCACUUAAGUGGGAUCGGAAGCGGGGAUUGACUGCUGGAGAAAUCCAGACUCUACUAGAGUAUGGUCCCGGCGUCCGUAAAACCUUUACUCAGGUCUUUGGGGGAGAAGGAAAUCUAAGGAGAAAAUAUCACCAUCACCUAGACCUCAUGGAGGGUGAACGGUUUUCCCGACCAGCCUUGGCCUUGAAUUCGCUCACCCCUGACUUUGUUGAGAGUUACAUAACCCGCCAUGCCCCCCAAAUCCAGCCCACUGACGAAGAUGAAUCGACCAAAGAUCCGACAGAGUCUGCUCCUGAAGGGACCCCGGAUCCUGAACCAUUGAAAACCCCUGAAUCUAAGCCAAUGCCGAACAAAACAACUGGUGAACGGGCCAAUGUUGAAUCAAAGGAGAAACCCCUUGGCCGAAUGCAGAAGAAGGUCACCAUGUACCGAAACCAAGUGGACACCCUGCGCAAAGUUACCGAAAACCAGGAACUCAUCAUCCAAGCCCAGUGGAGGGAAAACCAAACUCUUCGGUCUAUCUUGGAGAAAGUGGAAACUCGGCUCAAGAAACAUAAAGCUAUAGUUGACAUCGGACCACUGCCUUCCCCCACUCGAAUUCCAAAUUACAUCGGACUGGAAUGUGACAUGGAGGAACCAUCUGAGGAUGAAUAG